UAAAGCGGGUUGUGGAGGAGAGCUCGCCAGGAGCAUGAUUCGACAUGGUUAGAGGUGAUGGCUAGAGACUCGAGACUGACCCGUCCCCGCCUCCUCUUCUAUCUUAUCCUAGGUUGGGUCAGCCUCACAAACAAAUUUCGCGACCUGCGUCCUCAUAAUAAUAGAGACCGAUUGCCCGGCGCGCAGACUGACUUUCCUGGCUACUCUGUGAGAAAAGAGGACAAGGACACCUGGCGAGGGCUUGUGCGGAGACAUGUUAACAGUUGCGUUUGCAUUGAGCGUCAUCCUCAUCGCUUUACCAGGCUCUGGGGGUAGCAAGUGGACUGUGUCCUUCACCCGGAGAGAGAUCUGUGUCUGGGCUGGGACCACUGUCACUCUCCCUUGUUGGUAUGACUACCCAUCAGGACACACUGUCAGGAGGGUGAUGUGGUUCAGGGUCUCUGGCCGGAGGGAGUUUGCCCACCACUCUGACUCCAGCUUGGUUAGCAUGUCUUAUAGAGGAAGGACAAAGUAUACAGGCAGCCAUAAAAGCUGUGGGAUCCAGAUCACCAACGUGAACCUUGGCGAUGCUGGACAGUACCACUUCAGGUUUGAGACAGACCACCCACAGGGACGAUGGACCUCCCCGGACACCGUCUCACUCUUUGUCACAGAGCUUCAGGUUCAGGUCCAUCCUGCGAGGACUGCCAACAUGUUUGGGUCAGGAGAGACAGUGUACCUGGGCUGUAUGGCCAGAGGCUGUGCUGCAGAAGGGAGGAGUCUUGCUCUCUACAGGAACGGCAUCAACCUGGGAUCACCUGAGAAGUGGCUGACCAUCUACAACUUUGACAGCCAGCACGCUGGUACCUACACCUGUCGCCCAAUCCCCCCACAGAAUGUCCAGUCUCCGCCGCUGGCCUUGGCCCUGGGACAUGCUCCUCGUUCCACAGUGAUUGAGGUGAGUCCCAUGGGUGUGGUAGUGGAGGGGGUCUCUGUGACUAUGACCUGCAACAGCAGUGGGGCUCCGGUGGUGGAGAGCUAUGCCUGGUUUAAGGACAGGGAGAGUGGCAGCAUUCCAGACAGCUUCAGACCCCAGCUCCACCUGAAGAGGGUGUCCCACACCGACCGGGGAGAGUACUUCUGUGUGGCACGCAACCCACUUGGUACAGAGAGGUCCAAACCUGUCCUGCUCAACGUCACAUACUCUCCAAAGAGCACCAAGGUGUUGGUUAGUCCAACAGGAGACAUCAAGGAAGGCUACUCUGUCAACCUGACCUGCAGCAGCAAGGCCCACCCCCCAGUGGACCGCUAUGCCUGGUUCAAGAUCAUGGGGGGUCAGACCUGGGCCAAAGGGUCAACACAGAACCUCUCCUUCUUCAGCGUCCGCUCACAGAACGGAGGACAGUACUACUGCACGGCCUGGAACCAAUAUGGACAGGGCAGCUCCUCUGUUUUCACCCUCGCCAUUCUCUAUGCCCCUAAGAACACGUCUGUGUUUGCGCAGCCCUCCAGUGUGAUCGACGCGGGCCGUCCUCUGACUCUGACCUGCAGCAGCCAGGCCAACCCGGCGGUGGACAACUACACGUGGUUCAGGAUCAAUGCGGCUGACGCCUGGGUAACGCGAUCGGGCCAAAGCUACACCUUCGCUGAGGUCAGCCCCGGGGAGAGCGGCCAGUACUACUGCGAGGCACGCAACCGUAUCGGCGUCCACAGCUCGCCUGUCCUCACUGUCAGGGUCAGAGGCAGACUGAAGGUUAUCGCCCUGGCCUCAGCUGUGGGCGUGUCUGCUGGUCUCAUCACUCUCACUGUGGCCGUCAUGAUCAGCAAAAACAUGCACAGAGUAGACAUGGAAUAUCCAGAGGAAAACAAGAAGAGGCCAUCGGUGACAGCUGACACCCUGUUCUACGAGUCAGUCCAGCAGACCCUUCAGUUGAGGACUGGCAAGAUGUCCGACAUCCCGGAGGAGCCAGAGGAGGUGUGUGAGAGGGCCCAUCCCUCCAUCGUACCCCUGAAGGAUGCUCCACCCUGCACAGAGGCAGACAGCAUCCUCAACUAUAUCACUGUGCAUUACUCCAGGAUCCCAAGUCUGGACCAGAUUCAAGUUACAAAUGUACCACUGGAUGGCGAUAAAGAGCCAAACGAUGCUGCCAAUGUUGUUUACACUGUCCUGGCCAGACCACACCAGUAGUGGUGCAGAUGCGAACUGUAGCUCCAAAUGAGUGACAUUACCAGAAGGAUCUCUACCAUCGACCCCUGAACUGCUUCUGAGCUGGACUGCUCACUCUAAGCCAAUUUACUGUUUAUCUAAUUUACUACAAAGUCUAAUUUACUAG